AUGGUUACUGCAAAAAGAUCAAAUGCUGACACUCUUAUGGAAUCAGCACCAUCGUCAUUACCAAUAACAGACAUGGAAGCGGUUUUAUCUAAUUCAGCUAAAAAAACAAGAAUCAUGUUUUCAACAGCUUAUAGUCAGGCAGCCAUGGACGAACAAGAAAGCCAACGUAUCAAAUUAACAAGCAAAAUUAACGAUGAAUACCAAGGACUUGGUAAAUUACCUGACGUGUUGAUCAAGCAACAAAAAGAAGCAGCCAAAGCACGCAUGAAGGCAAAGACAACAACAGUAGAGGAAGCACCUGCAGAGACUGAAGAAAGUACUGCUGAAGGCAGCAGCGUAGUUUCCAAGUUGAUUGAAUCGAUUGAAGAAAAGCCAAAACUGGAUGGUAAAAAUGAAGGCGUUGUUGCUAUUCGUCAUAAAGAUCAAUAUACACCAGAUAUAUUUGGAGACAGCAUAGCCGGCGGAGGUUCACUUGUACGUAGAGCAAGAGCCAGAAUCAUUCGUCCAGUUUGGCAUGCUCCUUGGAAGUUGAUGCGUGUCAUCAGUGGACACUUGGGUUGGGUACGAGCUGUUGCUGUCGAACCUGGAAACAAAUGGUUCGCUACUGGUGCUGGAGACCGUACCAUCAAGAUUUGGGAUCUAGCAUCUGGUACUUUAAAGUUGUCACUUACAGGUCACAUCAGUACCGUACGUGCACUAGAGGUUUCUCCAAGACAUCCAUACCUCUUUUCUUGUGGUGAGGACAAGAUGGUAAAGUGUUGGGAUUUGGAACAAAACAAGGUCAUUCGUCAUUAUCACGGUCAUCUAUCGGGCGUGUAUUCGUUAAGUUUGCAUCCUACAUUGGAUGUCCUUGUUACAUCUGGUCGAGAUGCAACCGCAAGAGUGUGGGACAUGAGAACAAAGCAAGCAAUUCACGUCCUUACGGGCCACACAAGCACAGUGUCGGCUGUUAAAUGUCAGGAAGCUGAUCCUCAAGUCAUCACAGGUUCUAUGGAUAGUACCAUGCGAUUGUGGGAUUUGGCAGCUGGUAAGACCAUGGGUGUCUUGACACAUCACAAAAAAAGUGUGCGCGCUAUUGCGCUUCAUCCUACCGAGUUUGGUUUUGUCAGUGGUAGUGCCGAUGCAGUGAAAGGAUGGAAAUGCCCAGAAGGCACAUUUAUUCAAAAUUACGAGAGAAGAAAAGCCAUCAUCAACACAAUAUCAGUAAACCAGGACGGCGUUAUCUUCUCUGGUGGUGAUGAUGGUUCACUAGGAUUUAAUGACUGGAAGUCAGGAUAUAAUUUCCAAUCAAUGGAAACUACAGUGCAACCAGGUUCUCUUGAUGCUGAAGCAGGUAUCUUUUGCAGUACUUUUGAUAAAACAGGCUCACGUUUGAUCACGGGUGAAGCAGACAAGACAAUCAAGAUUUAUAAAGAAGAUGAAAAUGCUGUAAAAGACGAAGACUUUUAUCAAUAA